UUUUUUUCAUUUAUUCUUCAGAAGUCUUGCGUUUUUGUCUUUGUGAGUGUGAGUUUGAGCAUCUGAAAAUGCCGACUUGGCAUCAGCUGCAGGGUCAGUUGAGGAAUCCCAACAAUCCAGUGGUCUUCAUGGACAUCAAUGUGGGCGCGACGGAUAUCGGUCGAAUAAUUUUUGAACUUUACGAAGACGUCGUUCCAAAGACUGUAGAAAAUUUCCGUCAAUUUUGUACCGGCGAGUACCGAAAAGACGGCGUGCCGAUCGGAUUCAAGGGAGCUACUUUCCAUCGUGUCAUUCAGGAUUUCAUGAUCCAAGGCGGAGAUUUCGUCAAUAGAGACGGAACAGGAAUGAUGAGCAUUUAUGGAGGGGCAUUUGCUGAUGAGAAUUUCCAGUUAAAGCAUGACUCGCCGGGCUUGUUAUCUAUGGCAAAUAGUGGUAAGGACACAAAUGGAUGCCAGUUUUUCAUUACAUGUGCGAAGUGCGAAUUCCUUGACGGAACUCACGUAGUGUUUGGAAGAAUACUCGAUGGUUUGCUCGUGAUGCGAAAAAUUGAAAAUGUCCCUACAGGCCCGAACAACAAGCCGAAAAUCCCAGUGGUUAUAUCGCAGUGUGGACAAAUGAUUUUAAUUAUGAUGAGAAAAAAGCGGCGCGAUGUGGACGAAUCAGAUGAAGUGCUUGAAAUUCGGUCGGAUAAUUCUGACGAAGCGUCGCUCGACUCGCACAUGAUCGACUGGUUUGGUUCUACAAAUCAGAGAGCCCGAAUCAAGAAAUGUAAUCCCAAAUCGCCGGAAGAAGAAAAAUCAGAAGUUUGCGACAGUCUUCCUAGCAGCGAAAUCAUUGAAGAUUCCUCCAGCGACCACGAUGAAACGACGGAAAAAAGAAGCAUACGGAGUAAAUCCAAGAAGCGAAAAACCGGACUCACGAAUGGUUCAAGCGACACGGAAAAAAAGCCAGAUUCCGGGCUUUUGAAAUAUUUCUACUCUUCGAAAACGAAAACAUCAUCAACUGCAGCAGCAGCAGUUGCGAAUGAAGAAUCAUCGUCUUCGGAGCCGCAGAAAAAAGAUAUUUCCGUCGCACUGAUCGACCUGGAGUCACCCGAAAUUGUUCCGAAUGAGGAUAAGGUCGCCAGUGAUUCAAAAGGAAACAAUUCCGGUGACCCAGUGCGGGAUUUGUCUCCUGUUGUUAUUCCCAGUCCAGCCUCUGAUGAUCCGUGUGAAAUCAUCGAAAAUCCCAGUGAACCAUCCGCGGAUCCAAAAUUCAAGCCAGGUCGUCUUCAUCGCAAACGGAACUAUCUCCGCAAGAUUUCCGCUUCAAAACCUACCAUCAGUCGUUCGAAAUCCGAUACCACGAUUGAAAAAGACUCAUCUACCCCGAAAGGAAGCCCUCCUCAGUUUGAAGAAGCUGAGUGGCAAUUUGAGGUGAUCACCGUGAAGCGUAGAAGCAGAACGGACUCAAAAAGUGUUUCAGAUGACCCAGUCGAAGUUGUUGAACCUGUAUCCGAAAAAUGUGCCUCGAGGAGCAGUGUGUUGAAAUACUUCACACCGAAAUCCAAACUGACCCAUGAACCCGAUACUGUUGACGAAUCCUCUAGCAACAAAACCCUUGCCAGAACCUUGAAAAAACCGGGUAUCGCGGGUUCCAAAAAACCCGUCAAUUCUGUUCCACCGCCGAAAGGCAGACUGCGGGAAAAGACCAAACAACAAAGCGUAUCUCAAAAGUCAAUCGGAAAAAAGAAAAUCGAAGCCGUAAACGGGGAAACCGAUGACCCCGAAACCCCCGAAAAUAACCAGCGAAAGCGAAGUAAAAGAUCUGUGAAAUCGAAAGAUCUCGACGUUCAGAUCCCCGAGAUUUCUUCCUCCUCGUGCAAACGCGAUGAAGAGCCAGACUCCACAGUUGACCUCAGGUCAAGUAAGCGUCGUCGCAAGUCCCAGCCGACCAACUACGACGAAGACGUGAAGGACGAAAAUCCUGACCCGGGCUUGCUCAAGUAUUUUUCCGUUCAAGGACGACCGAAGGCCCCGGAAUCCCCGACGUACACUCGGCGAACCGUCACUGUCCACGCCAUCGUUCAUGCCGACCCUUCUUCUUCACCUCCGCUGCAAAAGCGUCCAGAGAAACGUCCGAGAACCAGUUGCGUUUCCUUGUCGGAGUCGGAUGAGAUUGUUAUUUUGGAAUCAGAUGUAGACUCGGAACCAGAGAAUCGGAGGAGAUCCAGUCGUUUGGCUGCCAAGUCGACGCCCAUGUACAACGCGGUUCAAGUUGUCGAAGAAGACGUGAAAGCGGAAGUGGAGGUUAUCAAGGUGAAGAAACUGGCGCCGAUGUUCACGAAAGCCGCCAAGAAGCCCGAAGUGCCGCCAGUGAAUAAUGAAGCCGUGGCUGCGAAACGCAGCUUCUUGGAAAGUGGGUUACCUGAAGCUGUAGUCAAAAUGGCAUCUCAAUGUGUCAAAUCCGAUGGUGGAAAUGAUGACGUUCCGUUUCCAAACUGUGAAAAUAUGCACGUUGGAGGUUCAUCGAGCGACGAAAACGAUGCUUCCGGUGUUGAUUUUCCAAAACUUUCCCCGGAAGAAGAUGAAUUUGUACCCGGGGUUCCCAGUUGGUGCUCUCUCAAGUCAUUGCCGAGUGCACCUAAAUACCCGAGACAGAUUGAAGUAGAAAUCGAUGAGCAUGAUCCUGGUGACUUAUUGUGGACGGAUAAGUUUGCUCACGUGCUAGUGGAUAGGGAGAACGUGUUGAGCAAUUUGCGGCAAUGGUUGGAAAAUUGGAAAGUGGAGAAGUCAACGACUAAGUCAGCUGGUGUCAAGAAAAAGAGUCGGAAAGGUUAUGCGGAUGAUGAUUCCGAUGAAGACGAGUCUCAAACGCCGCCCCUGUUUUGCCUCCACGGUCCACCGGGGGUCGGGAAAACGAGUCUGGUUUACUUUGCAGCCAAAGAAGCCGGAAUGACUGUGCUGGAGAUCAAUUGUUCCACGAAGCGUUCUGGGAAAAUCGUGCUGGGCAAGAUGCGGGAAGCCACUUUGAGCCAUCAUUUGGGCGAUGAAGCGAACCUUUCAGGCUGUAUCGUGUUACUAGACGACGUGGACAUUGUGUUUGAAGGCGAGGAUGACGGAUUUCUCGCUGCCGUGGAGACUUUUGCUGAGGAAACUAAACGGCCCAUCAUUAUGACGUCUUCUUCUGCGAAAGUUUCCGUUUCCGGGCAUUUCGGCAUGCUACUCGUCAACGUUCCGGCGAUUUCCUCUGCUGAUCUCGGGACAUUUCUAGCUGGUGUUUAUCGUGGGGAAAUCGGGGAUUCGUGCGAUCAAGACGUUGGUGCAACUGUAUGCGAAGAAUUGGCUGAAUAUUGUAGAGGUGACCCCAGAAAAGCCAUGAGUGAACUUCAGGCCUUCGGAAUCCGUCCGGAUAGCAAACCCCGAGUGCUGAGGGAAUUUUUGGAGCGCAGUUUAAAUGAUGGUUACCUGCUCACCAAGAAGCUCAGCGAUGGCCAGCGCAUUUUUGGCAUACUUUUCCGAAAUCUUCACAAAAUCUGGCCGGAAUUACCAGCAGCGAAGCGUAGCGAUCGAGAAGCAAGAAAUAUUUUUUUGUCGGAGUUGGAAGCGAUAGACACCGAGGAAAAAUCGGGUGUCCGAUGUCCACUUGAUGAUACUGACAUUGCGGACCCAGAAGAGGUUCAAGUGGAAGAUGAGGAUGCUGGUGAUGGUUUUGAGAUGAAACAGGAUUCCAGACGUUUGCUCAUGAAUGCGAUGUGCGUCAUGUCUAGAUUAUGCGAUUCAGCCGCUUUACAGGAUAAGACAAAGCUGUCAAGUUGGAAGGAUGGAUCAGUUAGUGGAGCAUUGAAAGAUUCGUGGAGUCCUUCAAACGAUUAUUGCAAUACCGCCGAGGUUUCCUUUGAUAUAGCGUCAUCAAUGGAAACCCUGGGUGUGUCUUUGUAUGCCGAAGAUAUGAAACGAUUGAAAGAAAGAGUCCAGAAAACCCUGGAAAACCCCGAUGAAGUCCUAAAGAAAAUGGCUGGCUGCUUUGAGAGUGGAACUCUGCGUGUUUGGGAAUUCAAUAGUGAAGAAACUAGAAAUUAUAUGAAGAUUCAGUCUGAUCACGAGUCGCUCCUGACCAUGAUGGCCCCAACUUGCUGGAAACUGAAUCGCGCUGCAUUCAUUCAAGACUUUGUGCCUGGGCUAAGGUUGCUGUUGAGGAAUGAUGUGAUUCGAGGGAAGACGAAAUCCCUUCGUCGGAAUCGACGCCAAAGGGCUAUUCAAACGGAGUACCUGGACAGAAACGGUUUCAGCUGGUUUGAACCAGACUUUAUACAGAAUUUGUGUGGAUACUUUUAUGAGAAUUGAUUGGAUAUUUUUAUACAUGGUUUUUUUCCGAUCUUGAGUACGAUUUUUUGUACAAAUUGGUCCGCGGAUUGGGCGAAAAUAUAUUUGCUUGCUGUGAGAA